UGAAUUGCCGAGUAGAUAGAUCUGAUCCGGACGCUGCAGUUGUUCCGCGGUGAUACGGACUCGACCCGCUCCUACCCACCCUGGGUGGGGUAUCAUAGCAUGUCGGGAAUCGAGGGGGGACAUACUGGACGUAACAACUCCCGUCGGUUGGGGGCUCUGCCGCCCUGCCUUUCGAUCGAUACACAGUUGAGGAGGCCGAUCACGAACGUGACAGGUGCGGGAGCGAUCCUGGGAAGGCAAGGCUAAGACGGCGCCUUGCAUAUGGGUAGCAAGAGGGCGCUUAUGCCCCGACGGUGGGGCCUUAUGGGGAAGGGCCCAGCCCAAUAGGGACAGCACACCCCCCACUUUAAGCGCAUUUCUGUAUCGACUGAAUAACUCUAUCUAAGGGUGACGUCGGUGGAACCGGUGAACCACGCGAGCUGGUUAGAUGCGUGGGGCAGAGGGCUCGUAGUACCCCCCUUUUCUUGAUCCAGCCUUUUCUUCGUCGGUAGUUAAUCACCUAAAAUCCAAGGGGGUCUGGCCUGCGCGCCAUACCUAUACCCAUACAGUGCCAGGCAGGCGGUGGACUCAUUUUUGGGUUAGGGAAGGGAAGAAGGGGCCUAAGCACGGCAGAUGCCGUACACUUGAGUGGCAAAGGAAAGCGAGACCGUACUUCUUUUGCCAGGCCUGUUCUUACAUAAGCAUAAGGUUCCCGCAGAAGAUCAAGUUGGUGAGCCGUGUGAUGGGAAACCUUCCCGCACGGUUCGGAGAGCACUGAAGACGAAUGAGAGGUUCACCACCACAUCAUUGCAAGGGGAGCUCGCUCGAUUCGCAGAUUGGUCUGACUCGUAAUUCACUUUUGACUCCGUGUUCGAUAGCCUGACCGUAGUGAUGUUAAUUGUGGUUACAUUCAUAAGUAGCUUGGUCCAUCUUUAUUCCAUUUCAUAUAUGUCUGAGGAUCCGCAUAGCCCUCGAUUUAUGUGUUAUUUAUCCAUUUUUACUUUUUUUAUGCUAAUGUUGGUGACUGGAGAUAACUUUCUUCAAUUAUUCCUGGGAUGGGAGGGAGUAGGUCUUGCUUCAUAUUUGUUAAUUCAUUUCUGGUUUACACGACUUCAGGCGGAUAAAGCAGCUAUAAAAGCUAUGCUUGUCAAUCGAGUAGGUGAUUUUGGAUUAGCUCUUGGGAUUUUUGGUUGUUUUACUCUCUUUCAAACAGUAGACUUUUCAACCAUUUUUGCUUGUGCUAGUGCUCCCAGAAAUGAAUGGAUUUUUUGCAAUAUGAGAUUUAAUGCCAUAACUCUGAUUUGUAUUUUACUUUUUAUUGGUGCAGUUGGGAAAUCUGCACAGAUAGGAUUGCAUACUUGGUUACCCGAUGCAAUGGAGGGUCCCACUCCAGUAUCUGCUUUGAUUCAUGCAGCUACUAUGGUCACUGCUGGCGUUUUCAUGAUAGCAAGGUGCUCCCCUUUAUUUGAAUACUCACCUACGGCUUUGAUUGUUAUUACUUUUGCGGGAGCUAUGACGUCAUUCCUUGCGGCAACCACUGGAAUAUUACAGAACGAUCUAAAGAGGGUCAUAGCUUAUUCAACUUGCAGUCAAUUAGGCUAUAUGAUCUUUGCUUGCGGCAUCUCUAACUAUUCGGUUAGCGUCUUUCACUUAAUGAAUCACGCGUUUUUCAAAGCAUUACUCUUCCUGAGUGCGGGUUCGGUGAUUCAUGCCAUGUCGGAUGAGCAAGAUAUGCGGAAGAUGGGGGGGCUUGCCUCCUCCUUUCCUUUGACCUAUGCCAUGAUGCUCAUGGGCAGCUUAUCUCUUAUUGGAUUUCCUUUUCUAACUGGAUUUUAUUCCAAAGAUGUGAUCUUAGAGCUCGCUUACACAAAGUAUACCAUCAGUGGGAACUUUGCUUUCUGGUUGGGAAGUGUCUCUGUCCUUUUCACUUCUUAUUACUCCUUUCGUUUACUAUUUCUAACAUUUCUAGUACCAACUAAUUCAUUCGGGCGAGACAGAUUACGAUGUCAUGAUGCGCCCAUUCCUAUGGCCAUUCCUUUAAUACUUUUGGCUCUCGGGAGUCUCUUUGUAGGAUACUUGGCCAAAGUGUGACCUGUUAGCCCAUAAGUAAGUACUGUGACGAAGCGGCUGUUGCUCACCCGAUACGAUCGUACGAGGUCACAAUUUACCCAACACGAUCAUCCGGGGUGAACAAGAAUUGGGGAUCGGAUGCGGGCGAAAUUCCCGCCAAUGGCUGAGAUGUUCAGUCGACUCCCUCCCCCUUUGUGAGGGUCUGGACCCCUACGAGUGAGCAGAAAAGGGAGGAGGAAAGAGGCCCUGGUGAACCGUCAUAAUAAGUGAACAAGUGUAAGCUUUGCUGCCCGACAGUAUGGAGUACUGACCACACCGAGGGACAGGCCCUGAAGCGAAGGACAGGAACGAGCGGAAUCAAUGUGUUCCAAUUUCUGGCCUUGCACCGACCAUCCAACGGACCAUGGACUAAACGGCCACUGCCUGAAAGGACUAUGCUAUGUCCAGGGGACCGCCGCCCUCCACAAGGUACAUCUUGCGCCUAUGGGCCGCUAUAACUAUCCAAGAAGACACUCGAAAAAGGAUGGAUAAACAAACCUACCCGGUGGACUGCCGAGCUACAAGUCCUACGACACAGGAGCGGGAUUCUCUAAAAAGCCAAGGUCGUGGGUGGCCAAGAGGGCCCACUUGGAGACUUGGGAUCUCAGCAGGAAAUGUGAAGGUUGCUUAAAGCCGGCCGAUAGGCGAAAGAGAAUCCAAAAGUUUUGUUCUGAUCUGAGUAGGCUCAACAUAGGGAAUACCCUAACCC